AUGUGCAUUCCUCUUCAGCCGAAAUUUCCACGAAAGGUCUUUUCGACCGUUCAUUGGCACACAACCGAGGCUCCCUCCGUGGCGUUUGCUCAAAAUUUUUUUAGACCUCUGCCGGCGCGUAUGACGAUUGGACCGUUUGCAAGGAAGGUAUGCUUAAUCCCUGUGCUCCGAUCAGUGCCUCUUAUUAUGCUUCCAUUAUCACAGCGACCAGAAGUGGUUCGAGGACAAAUUCCCGCCACACCCCUAAGGUCGAGGAAAUCUCCUGGCUACGCGUUGCUCAUCUUCAUUUUGGAUUUUCGAUUAUGCGGCAACUGUCCUAUCCGUCUCGCUAAGCGGAGAUGCGCAUCGCAGCGAUUUAAAACCACAGUGAGUGAUCCCCCGACGAUCCAUUGA